UCGAAUUGUACCUCGAGUCCUGGACGCAUCUAGCCCGCCAUUUCCUCCAACGACCACCGUUUCUUCACAUUUAAAUCUUCUCACCCUCCUUUGCCUUUUUUCAAUCUCUCUUCCUUCUCUUUUUUCUAUCUAAAACCAGUGAAGAAGAGGAAGGAAAACCCUCUGCUUUAAUGGCGGGACUCUCUUGUCCCACGACUUCUGUGUACGGAUCCGCCUCGUCUUCUCGCCGCCUCUUACUUUCUCUCUCUAGAUCCGAUAUAAGCAGAGCCAGAGUGGGUGUUCAUUUCCCUGUCAUUGUUGCUCCAUUGAGGACACGCAGGCUGGUCGUCAUGGCUACCUCCCUACAUCAACAACAUCUCUCCAGAUCAAGCAGUCCCCCUUCUCCAGAGGUGUUGAAAGUAUGGCGCAGUGUUGAUGCCGUAUGCUUCGAUGUGGACAGCACUGUCUGCCUGGACGAGGGCAUUGACGAGCUGGCUGCAUUCUGUGGAGCAGGGGAAGUUGUCGCCCAAUGGACUGCCAGGGCAAUGAAUGGUUCUGUUCGCUUUGAGGAUGCACUGGCUGCCAGGCUUUCUCUUUUUAAGCCUUCGUUGAAUCAGGUCAAUGGAUUUCUCGAGAAAAGACCUCCAAGGAUUUCUCCUGGCAUACCUGAGUUGAUGAAAAAGUUGAAAGCUAAUAAGAUUAAUGUUUACUUGGUUUCUGGAGGGUUUCGUCAAAUGAUCAACCCUGUUGCAUCAGCGCUUGGCAUUCCUCCCGAUAAUAUAUAUGCAAAUCAAUUACUGUUUGGUAAGUCGGGGGAGUUUGUGGGGUUUGACACUGAGGAACCAACUUCUCGAAGUGGAGGGAAAGCAACUGCUGUGGAGCUCAUUAAGAGGGUGCAUGGGCACAAGGUUUUAGCUAUGGUGGGAGAUGGUGCAACAGACCUUGAGGCCCGUCGUCCUGGUGGUGCAGACUUCUUUAUCUGCUAUGGAGGAGUUCAACUUCGUGAGAAUGUGGCCGCCAAAGCUGACUGGUUGGUUUUAAGCUUUGACGAUUUGAUAAAUCACCUCGACCGUUAGGAGUGGGCUCGAGCUUCGUAGCACUACUUAUGGAAUCAUUGUGAAAAAUGAGCUUAACAAGUUGGUGGAAACUCGUGACUCUUGAUUUGAGGAAUUUGAAAGGCCAAAAGCGUACCGUAAGUAAAUUGAUUGCACAUAGUUUCAAUAUUUGCAUCCUCAUUGUUAUGCGGCUGACAUUGCUGUAAUUUGAUUUUGCCCUAUAGAUGUGAUUUAUUGGUGAGAAAUAAGCUGCAAAAGGGCAGCUUUUAUGCUCUCUUAAAAAUACUACAGAGUUUGUGGGGCUUCAUGCCUCUGAAUUUUCAUUUUUUCCACCAUUUUGCAAAUUAGCAAAACGGAUGCAAGCUUAAAAUCCUCAAAUGAGCGAAUUGAAUGGACUGCGAAGUUUAAGAUUGUGAACAAAUAUUGUGGCACGGUGAAUGGCAUUUAAGAAUUAGGUUC